UGCUGUCAUGACGAACAACAGUACAGAAAUGUUGCUCAAUGUUUGUGAAAGUAGGGUUUAAACUAUAGUAAGCUGGAAAAACUGAGACAAUGAUGAUAUCAUGGAAAGUCAUCAUCUACUUUAUGACAGCUGGUGUGAGUAUGCUGUGUGUGUCAGGAAACAAAAGAGGACCUGUCAACAUUGCCUGUGACAACACACCAGUGAGUCAGACGGCACAUUUGGGAGGCUCUGUUACCAUCAACUGCAGGUAUUCAAGAGCAGAAGAAAGCUACGUCAGAUGCCUCUGCAGAGAAGAUGAAAACUUCCAUUGCAAAUCUCUGAUAUCAGCUUACACUUCAGAUUGCACAAAAAAAGACAGGUUUUCUCUGAUAGACAACAAACAGCAAGGAGUGUACACUGUAACUAUUUCCACACUGACCCUAGCUGAUGCUGGAAGAUACCAGUGUGCUAUGGAAAGAUUUAACAACAGUUCCACUGCGUGUUUAACUCGGAUCGACCUGCAAAUUUUGAAUUGGGAUGACAUUAAACCAACAACAACAAAAACUUCUGACAGCGGGGACACUGUAAGAAUCAGUUGUUCAUAUCCAGACAUCCAUGAGAACAAUCAGAAAUUCCUGUGCAAGGGGGAGAAUCCUUUCAACUGUGAGGAGCUAAUACAUACAACAGUAAAUGACAGAGAUGUGGUUAAAGGCAGGUUUGAUAUAAGGGAUAACAGGAGAAUGAAGUACUUCUAUUUGUCCAUCAAAAAUGUGAGCACAGCCGACUCUGGAACGUACUGGUGUGGCUCUGACAGGACAUGGCAGCAGGAUAAAUACAUCAAAGUCCUCCUCUCUGUAGGGCGUUUUACCCACACUGCUGAAGGACACUUCAUAUCUGGAAAAUCUGGCUUUCCAGACCCAGAGGCAGAACCAGAAUCAGCUCCUGGAUCUAAAUCAUCUACGAGAUAUGAAUCCCCUAAUCCUCCGAAUAUAGGUAUGAUUGCCGGAGUAGUAGUGUUUUCGGUAUUGUUUCUGAUACUUGUAAUUGUACUUAUACUGUACCGACACAAACUCCCCAGGACAAAAGAGUAUUCUGCUGCACGGGGUUCAUCAGAGGACAACACUGGACACAGCAAUGAGGGAGAUAUUAGAGAGCACCACUAUGACGACAUACAGAUGCAGAACCAGCAAGCAGGUUUAGGAGAAGCACUGCCGUCCGUUUAUGCCACUGUCAACCUUCCCGUAGACCAGCUCCACUAUGCCAGCGUCCGUUUCCAGAAGGACACAACAGAUGGGAAUACACUUCCUGUCACCUCAGUUUGCGACUCCUCCUCUAUCAGUUGGCCACAGGGUGCCACCCAUCCUCCAGCAGAAGAGCAGAUUCUCUAUUCUACACUUACAUAUCCUGAGGAACCAUGAGACAGUCUUUCACCUAUUGAUGUUCGCUGUGCAGUUUGAGGGGAAAAUGCUGUGAAGGAUUUGCUUUUGUCUUAUGUACAUACUGCCCUUUUACACAGAAUAUGGAAAAGUGAUUCGGCAACAUUUAUGACUGUUGGACCCAACAUUUGACAUUUUGGCACUAGAGUUAUUAGAGUAUAAUGUGUCAUAUGUAUCUGAAUAUGAUAAUUACAUUUUUGAGAAUACAUCUGUCUCUGGCUUAGGUCUGUCAUUCUUAGUAAAACUUGCUACAAAUCA